GUGAAUUUUCAAGCCAUAAGUCAUGGUUUUAAACAGCUUAUCAAGAAGAAACAAGAUUUUUGUUUAUCUUACACACUUCUUCACAACUUUGGGUGCGCGCAUGUGGUGGUUUGGUAUUGGUCUUUUCAUUAUAGAAGUGACUCCAGAUUCAUUGCAAUUGACUGCAAUUUACGGGUUCAGUAAUGGUGGUGCGUUACUCCUAUUGUCGACUGUAGUAGGAGAUAUUAUUGACAGAACAGCAAGACUUAAGGCUGCACGCAUAGCCCUAUUUCUAAAUAAUUUUGGGAUUGCAUUAUGUUGUGUGAUUGUUGUCUUUGUCUUUACUUUUCGUCCUGAACUUGAGACAAAGCUUCCAGAACAAGGACUUCUUAAGUUAUGUUUCACACUGAUAGUUAUUCUUACGAUAUUUUCAAAUCUAUGCAACCUUGGAAGGACCUUGGUCAUGGAAAGAGAUUGGAUUGUAGAAAUUUGCAAUAGAAAGACAGAUAGCAUCGCUACAAUGAGUGCCACAUUCCGUUUCAUCGACUUAUUAACAAAAGCAUUCGCACCAUUAUUGACAGGCCAGCUAAUGACAUAUGUAUCUAGUAUGUACGGUGCUGUUUUUAUUGGUUCUUGGAACAUCUGUGCUUUCUUCAUUGAGUAUUGGCUUCUUGGAAUGGUUUAUAGAACGAAUCCGACUCUGCACUCCAAAGAUUCAACUAAAUAUGAACUUGAUGUCAUACAGAAAGAGGAAUUGAUGAAACCAUCUGAAGUUCAUCUGGAAAAAGAAGCAUCUUCUCAAGAAAAACAACUAAAUGAGAGUGCUGUCGAAAGUGUUCCAAGGACAGAUCAAAACCAGUACGAAAGCAGUCAGAAAUCAGUGAAGUCACGUGACGUAGAUAAACCAGAUUCGUCUUUCGUUGGGAAAUUGUUUUUCAGUUUUAUUGCAUUAUAUAGAGGAUGGCGCCAUUAUAUUAAGUAUAAAGUAGCAGUUGCAGGUCUUGCCUUAGCGUUCCUUUACUUCACAGUACUCGGUUUUGAUAAUAUUACUAUUGGAUACGCCUAUAGUCAAGGUAUGACCGAGUCUAUUUUAGGCAUUAUCGUUGCAAUAUCAGCCUGUUUUGGUAUUAUUGCAUCUGUUGCCUAUCCAUUUUUACGCAAACAUGUUGGGCUGGUGAACACUGGUUUGAUUGGCCUAACUUGUCAAAUAUCAUGUUUAGCGCUAUGUGUUGUCUCACUAUGGCUACCGGGUGGAACAUUCGGACCAGCGUCUGACGUUCAGAUGUCCCAUGUUAAUGUUUCUUGUACAACUCAACAGUAUAUCAACACUACCUUGUCAGCCAAUGAAACAUCCUGUUUUGACAGUAUCGCCGAUAAAGGCUUUGCAGGAAUGUCAACGUCUCUAAUUGUUCUUUUUGCUGGAAUUUUGGGUGCAAGAUUUGGUGUCUGGACUGCGGAUUUAGUUAUAACACAACUAUUUUUAGAAAGUGUAGAAGAAACAGAGAGAGGUUUGGUGAAUGGUUUUCAGUCAUCACUCAACAAAUUGAUGGACAUGCUCAAAUUUGUAAUGGUGAUGUUUAUAUCCGACCCAUCUAUGUUUGGGUAUCCAGCUUUAGUGUCAUAUUGCUUUAUUUGCUCAGCCUGGUUGUUAUAUGCUGUUUAUAAAAAAAGAACAACGGGAAACAUAUUUUGUAAAGGAUGCCUCUAAAUCUGACUGAAAAACAUUAUAAAUGUGCAAUAUAUACCUAAAGUUCUUAACAUGAGGAUCUCAGGCAUAAAGUUUUGUUUAUUUUAAA